AUGUAUCCCAGAAUCUCUGCUUCUUCUAACACAAAAGUUAAUCCAGGUCAGAUUUCUACAUUCCAAUGUGACAUUCAAGGUAAUGUGACUGGUGUUACCAUCCAGUUCCUUAUUGGUAGUCAACCUGCUGCAGAAACUGCACGCACACAAGCAAAUGGGGUUACCAGGGUUACAUUUACCGGUGAAGCAAAUCCUACUGUUACAUAUAUCUGCAGACUUGCUAGGGAUCCAUAUACAGCAUAUGCAGAUCAUUCACUUAAUCUCUUUGCAUUACCAACGUAUACUGGACAACCAAGCUCACUGACGGUUACUGGAUCAUCAGUGGAAUUGAGAUGGAGGAACUGGAGUACCAGUAGUGGAGAUGGUGGUGAUGGUCCUGUUAUUGGAUAUGUUCUAUAUUACAGACGGUCUUCAUCAUCUGGGCUCUGGAGCCACAUGCCUCAAGACAACAGUCUUACAGCCACAGUGACUGGUUUACGGUGGGAAGAAGAAUAUGAUUUUGCUAUAGCAGCGGUCAGGGAAGGUGCUGGGGGUGAAGGUCCAAGGGGAAGUAAUGAGCUAACUGCAUCAACAGCUACUGAGUCCAAGUGUUCAACUGGCGUAGAGCGUUAUACCAUAUCUUACAGACCUGUUAACGCAGACGUGUCCAUGAUCACUGAGAAAACAACCGUUGACAAUUUUUAUACAAUAAUGGAACUUGAAACAUACACAGAAUACAGCAUCUCUGUUACAGCACGUAACAAAAAUUUCCCUGGGAUGGCAGGAGUAAUACAAGUGUUCUCACCUGAAGAGGUACCUCCAGUUCCAGGAGUCACUGCAACACAUGGUGGUUCAUUCCUCAACGUUUCUGUGUACCCAUCUGAGUCAUUCAGCAGAAAUUUUUAUGGGAAUAUAAUUAGUUUUGAUGUGAGAUACAGAUCAAGAAAUAGCGAAGAGUGGAAGAAUCAAAAGCUUACAGCAGACCAAGGGAUCCACGGCUACAAAAUAUCAAGUGUGGUCGAAGAUGCAAAGUAUAAAGUUAUUGCUAGAGUAGUCAAUAGGGCUGGUGUGGGGAACUGGAGCCCAUUUUUCACUGCUGAGCAUAGUAGUUGCAUACAGAGUACAGGAACAUCAAUCCCCAGAUUUAUGAUUGCAUUAGUGGUUGUUCUUUCCAUCAUCAUCUUCCUGAAUUCCUUGGUGUUUUGCCUAUGCUACAGAUGCAACCACUCAAAUGGGAACAAUACACAUAAAUGUGAAGUCCAGGAUGAUAAUCUGGCAACAAAAACCCGAGUAGUUGAAGAAGCAACUGAACAACCGAAUAACUAUACCCCCAUCGCCAUACAGCAUGAGGAUCAAUAUGAGGUCAUCCGAACAAAGACUCAAGACACGUAUGAUUGUACAAUUCAACAGACCAGUGGACAUGAGGAAGAAAAGAUUGGAGUUACCAAAAACAAAAAGGAGCCUUAUGAAAUCCCUUUGAAAAGUAUGGGACAGAAAUCUGACAAAGUUAUUAAUGAUAUUCCUCAAUAUACCAACAUAAAAUAGUCACUAUCUGUCAUGUCCGAUACGUGUUUAAAAGCAGGGCCUACCUGAAUGUCUACCUUUUGCAGUGUAUUUUAAAAUGUAUACUAAUGGACAACACCGAGAAGUAGAUCAUGUCAUGGGUUCCUCUCUUCCUAGAUUUGGUAAGUCCUAGGACAACAAUAUGUAACUGGUUUGUAUAAACAUUUUAGUAAUGAAAAUAUUUAAAAUAAUAAUAAUUAGAAUGAAGAAGAUGCUUCAAAAUAUAGUUUCAUCGUUAUGUUAACUGAAGAUAUAUAAUUAUUUUAUCGUUAAGAUCUGCCUAUUUAUAGUUAUUUUAAUUCUUUUGAGAUCAAAAUUUGAAAAGUAAAAUUAAAUUAUGUAUCUUGUAAAGAAAUUAUAAUCCAUACUCCAAGUAGUGAAAUGCACGCCAUCGUGGUGCCUUUAAAUAUUUUGACAUUAAUAAUGUUAAGAGCAUUUUAUUGUUUUGUAUUUGUCGUUUUCCUUAUCUGGACUGCUUUUUGUUUCCAUUCUGUAAGUUGCGGGUUCCCCGCUGUUGGAUACAAAAAUAAAAAUAAAAUAAAAUAAAAUAACAAUAAAUGUCA